CGUAAUAGGUUAAGAAAACGUGAAAUUACGCAACAGGAAUUUCCGGAUUAUUAUCAAAGGAUUUAUGACGUCUAUAAACCACUCCAGGUGAUAAUGGUAGUAAGCGUUUAGUGCCUCAGUUUUUGUGUUGUUUUAAGGCGGUUCAGUCCCAGCUGCCUCGACUCCCUGACCGUAAAGGAUUGAAGAUGGACCUGAAAGCGAGUUGUUUAUUCUUUUUGGUUUUUGUCUUGCUGGAUGUUGACAGUGUCUGUGGUGAAGAGGACUAUUCUCCAACAUCCUCAGGACCUCAGGCUCUCGAUGCUAUUCCUGUACCCGAGUUUGUGAAGGAGAGGCUACAGGGAAUACGGUUUAACCUCCCUGAAGAACUGCAUAGCUUGGUAAAUUACUCUGUUAACACACAAGUCUCUCCAAUUAUCAUGGAAGAAAACGUUCAUUUUGGUAAAGAAAAUGUUGCAUCAAUAUUGGGUAAACUAUUUCCUCUACCAUUUGUGUAUUCGAGUAACAAGAACCUGACAAGUAACAUCAAGACUUCGGGUAAACACAAAGCAACAGUUCCUCUUCAACUCCAACAAACUGGACACAACACUCGUGUAUCAGGCGAGUCUGCACACUGCAGCAGCGCCUCAGGGUUAAACUCAUGUUGUCUCAAGCCUCUGUAUUGCUACAGCGACAAACCUGGGCCCAUUAAUUUCAACCACCUUGAGAUCCACCAUUGGGACCUUCCUGAGAGGUCGGCCGCCGCAUGCGGAACCCUCUGUUUACAGCUGCGGCCAUCCACCCAACUCGUCUUCACCAAAAUGAUCGAAAUGAACGAACGGCUCGUAUGUGGUUGUGGCGACCGCUCUGCCAUCACUAGCGAGGACUACGUCAUGAACGGUUUCUUCGCGUGUCGGCUGUGCCCCGACGGCAAGCAGCAGUGUGGAGGUCCUAAUGCCGUUAGUGUGUACGAGCUUGACCGUGCGGUAACUGUCUCUCACAACCUCGAGUCUGUUGGAUGUUUCCAGGUGGUUGAUAUAAAGAGGACGUAUAACGUGACCUACUUGAAGGAGCCCAACAGGUCUGUCAACGCCUGCGCACAGCACUGCAGAACCGUCUCCCCUGACAACCACCUCACCAUAGUGCAAUACCAGAAUACACAAAGUGAAAGCAGCUUGUUUUGUUCGUGUGGGAGCAAUGACGCCGUACUGAAGGACGUAUCACCUGUCAAUGAGAGUGAGUGUUGGUGGAUCUGUCCUGACGGAGGCAGUGCUUGCGGCGGACCUAACACUUACAGCAUUUACAGCAGUGCUACUUGGAUACCUCGCACAUCCAAGUCUCUCCUGCUGGUGAUGCUGUAUCUGUUGUGUGCCCUGCUGAAGUAGGUCUUCCCUGUUGCUGUGACGGGAUGGUGCCGUGAUGGGAUGGGAUGGUGCCUUGACAUGGGAUGGUGCUGUGCCGGGGUGGUGGUGUGUCGGGGAGUCUCUCGGAGUAUUUACCAUCCUCAGUGUCUUAUGAUAUGAUGGUGAUUGAUCCCCUUAAGACUACAUCCCUAACACAUCUGCUGCGCCUGCUUCAG